CGUCCCACACACCUUUCGUCUCUUUCACAUUCUCUCUCUCUCUCUGUAAAUAUUGCAAAAAUCUGAUUUUUACUCUUGAGUCUUCUUCUUUCUUCUUCUUCUCCUUCCAUGGCGGCCAACAAAUUCGCGACCUUAAUCCACCGGAAAACCAACCGAAUCACUCUCGUCCUCGUCUACGCUUUCCUCGAGUGGUCUCUCAUCUUCUUCAUUCUUCUCAACUCUCUCUUCUCUUACUUCAUCCUCAGAUUCGCUGAUUACUUCGGUCUCAAGCGUCCUUGUCUCUUCUGCUCCAGACUCGAUCGAUUCUUCGACGCCUCCGGUGAAUCUACCUCCCACAGAGAUCUCCUCUGCGACGAUCACGCCCUCGAGAUUUCCAGAGUACGCUCGAAACCUCUAGAGGAAUCAAAAGGUUUUGGAGAAGCUCGCUUGUCCUCUGAAGAGUUUCUCAAGGAUUUGGUCGAUCGUAGUAGCGUAGAGAAGACAGCUUGGUCGUGUUGUUCUCCGAUCGAUCCUGAUUUGGGAGAUAUAACACGGAAUCUGAUCGGAGAUGAUGUUCAAAUCCACAAUGGUCAGCUUUUUAUCGAACGGUCCCGAUCUAUCUUCGUCUUGAAAGAAGAAGAAGAAACCAUAGGAUCCGUACAUUUGAUCGAUUCUCAGGAACGAAGCUACACAAGAAAAGAAGAAGAAACAGAGGAGAAGCUUGAUGAACAGAGGAAAGAAGAAGAAGCAGAGAAGGAGGAAAUUAACAGCGAUUCUACGGAUAAUGAAGAUGAUGAUGAUGAGAAAGGUGAUGAAUUCUCGUGCUAUGUAUCGAGUUUCGACUGUAACAAAGAAACUUCAACGGAAAAGGAGGAAGAACACAAAGUGGAUCUGGCUAUGGAGGCCGCCGAAGAAACUGCUCCGCCGAAAAAUCUCGAGUUCUACAUUGACGACGAAGACUGCCAUUUGAUUCCCGUCGAAUUCUACAAACCGAGCGAGGAAGUUCGAGAGAUUUCCGAUAUUAACGGAGAUUUUAUUCUUGAUUUCGGCGCCGAACCUGAUUUCGCGGCGGAGGACGGUGGAUUAUUAUUCUCCGGUGAAAUCUCCGAGUUUGCCUCGCCGGAGGAAUCAAAACCUGACGAUGCUGAGACGAAUCUAGGCUCUUCGAUAGAUGAUGAUACACUGAAAAUGCAGAACGAUGAAGAAACAGACGCAGAAGUUUCUAUAGGCACAGAGAUUCCUGAUCACGAGCAAAUCGGAGAUAUCCAAUCCCACCAACUCAUUCUUGACGAGGACGAUGACGACGACAACAAUCAUGAGAAUGAUACGUUGGAGUUCAGAACAGUUGAUAUUGAAACAAAGAGACCUGUCUUAAACUCCGACCAAGAGCGGCUUCUUGAAACUUCAGGCUCGAUGGAAACCUCGCAUAACGCAAUGUUUCACUUAGACCGGAGAGGAUCCGAAGCAGAGUCUCUUGACAAUAUUGAAUGCCACGAAGGAGUACUCACCGUGGACAAGCUGAAAUCGGAGUUAGAAGAAGAGAGGAAGGCGCUUAACGCGUUAUACGAGGAGCUGGAAGAAGAGAGAAGCGCGUCUGCGACUGCUGCCAAUGAAACAAUGGCGAUGAUCAAUAGGUUGCAUGAGGAGAAAGCGGCGAUGCAGAUGGAGGCUUUGCAGUAUCAGAGAAUGAUGGAAGAGCAAUCUGAGUUCGAUCAAGAAGCCUUGCAGCUGUUGAAUGAGCUUAUGGUGAAACGAGAGAAGGAGAACGCAGAGCUUGAGAAGGAGCUUGAAGUGUAUAGAAAGAGAUUGGAGGAGUACGAAGCUAAAGAGAAAAUGGGGAUGUUGAGGAGGAGAAUGAGAGAUUCCUCUGUUGAUUCAACGUAUAGACAUAAUAAUAAUGGUGAUUCAGAUGAGAACAACGGUGAGUUACUGCACAAGAACGUUGAGGGAGUUUCAGAGAAUGAGAUGGAGAACACUCCGGUUAAUGUUGUGGUUCGUCUUGAUGAGUGUUUAGAUGAUUAUGAAGGUGAGAGGCUUUCGAUUCUUGGGAGGUUGAAGUUUCUUGAGGAGAAACUCACGGCUCUGAAUGAUGAAGAGGACGAGGAAGAGGAAGUUAAAACGUUUGAGAGUAAUGGUAGCAUUAAUAAUGGAAACGGGCAUUUUCAUGGCAAGGAGGCAAAUGGGAAGCACAGAGUCAUCAUCAAGUCAAAGAGACUACUUCCAUUGUUUGACGCGGUCGAUGGAGAGAUGGAAAAUGGAAACCACUACGAAAACGGGGUUGAUGAGUCGGAGAGAGGUGAGAAUGUGACUGUGGAAGAAGAAGUGGAUGAACUAUACGAGAGACUAGAAGCUCUAGAGGCAGAUAGAGAGUUCUUGAGGCAUUGUGUUGGUUCAUUGAGAAAAGGGGACAAAGGUGUACAUCUCCUCCAUGAGAUUCUGCAACAUCUGCGUGAUCUCAAGAAUAUAGAUCUUAUUCACGUCAGAGAAAAUCAUGAAGACAUGAGUUUUUGAGUUUGAGUUUUGUGUUUGCGUUUGAGUUUCAGUUUGAGGCCACUCUAUGAAUAUGGUGGCAUGAACAGAACAAAUCAUACAGGUCGAGCAGGUGAGUGUGUUGCUUGAGAGGCAAGGAACAACAAGAAGGUCUAGAAUCAAGAAGAAAACGCCAUAAAAAAAAAAGUCUCAGAUAAAGUAUGAAAAAAUAUUCUCUGAGGAAAAAGUGUCAGACAAGAAUGUCCGUAUUUCUUCGUUUUUUUAAUUAUAUACAAAUUGAAGAUUUAUUUAGAAAGAGGAGAGUGUCAGCAUAAUUUCACCUUUUUUUGUCUUUAUGAGUGGUAAUAGAAAAAAAAAGGUAGAAUGAUGAGUGUAUGUGUGUGUAGUGUAG